AGUACAUGAGAGAUGGGAGUUGGAGAAGAAGACGUAGUGAUUCAAGUCCAUCCUUGGGUUUUGCUGCAAAGAGGAACAAAGAAAUUAGAGUUCUGGAGGCUGGGAAGUCCAAGAUCAAGGUGCUGGCUGAUUCAGUUCCUGAUGAGGAUGCUUUUACUUACUUGCUGUCUUCUUGCUGUGUUCUUAUAUUUGAGAGAAAGGAGAUGACAAAUGGAGCAAAGUCGUUCAGGGAAUGGAAGAGGAUUGCACCAAGAGAAAGAAGAGUUGGACAGGAAGCAAGACUUCUGCUGGGAUUACAGAAGAGGAAUACCUAGCACAGUGCCUGAAAAAUAGAAAGAACUUAAAAGUAUGCUGCUGAAUGGAAGACUAAAUGAAUGGAGGGAACAGUCAACUGGUGGUGUUGGAAGUACAGAAGAUAAUAGGGUGGUACACGUUCAGGAAGAUUUUCUUAGAGUUGUUUAACUCUGCUUCAACAAAAUUCUGCUUCAACAAAACUCUUAGAAGAAUGAAGGCUUGAGUUGCCAAAGUCCAAACUUGAGCACUGGCUAUCCCUCUAUGUUUCCAUCAGGCUCUGCAUUUAGUUACAGAUGGAAGUUGGUUAUCUUAUCUCCAACAAAGACUGCAAGAGUGGGAUGUGUCCUUCUGGCUCUUUGUAAUCAGGCUUUUUGUGACUGGGGAUGCUGGUUGCCCAUAUGACAUUAAAAUUUUUUCAGUUUCUCUCUACUGGGGGUAAAAAUAUGAGCAGAAUUUGAAUUUGAAAAUUACUUCUUCCUACAUUGAGUGGUGUGAUGUUGUAUGUUCUUCUAUAAUAGACACUCGCUCAACACUGUAUAUUUGAAAUAACUCCCUUCUGGAGGGAGGUAGAGAAGAAGUGUGUGGAAGUUAUAUAUCUUUGACAGAAACCACACUCUCCCUACACUGAGGAGAGUCCACUGGUACCUAAGCAUUGAUCACGAGUACUUCACACACCAGUUGGGCAGGGUUUUUAGGAACCACAAACCUAUUAACAUUCCCUGAUCUAACUUUUGAAAACAAACGAAAAUAAAAUCUAUGUCUGUCCUGGGUUUCCUCUCUUUGCAUGUUGUAAGUUGUAUUUGUUUAUAUAUCUCCAUGUUUGUGUAUUCUCUUGCUUUAACAUACUUGGUCUCUCUUUAACUCUCACCAUCUAACUUGUCCUACUCAGUUUUCCAUCCCAGGGGGUAGCAUGGCUUAUGAAAAGAGCAGGGCCUUAAUGCCAAAAAGCAAAAAGACCUAGCCUCAAAUGCCAGUUAUGCUCUUUCAUAUCUAGGAAACUUUCAACAACGUAUUCAACAUCUUUGAGCCACAGUUUCUGUGCUGUUCAGUUAUAUUUCCGUUUCCUCUUUCUGGGUGCAUGGUAGGAUUAUACUUCUGGUUCCCUUAAUAUUAGCACAUGUCAUGUACUUGUCAGUGGAUUGAGAAUAGAAGUAGACACGUGUUAUUCCUGGGGAGAAGGCUGUAAGAAACUAAUCUUGUUGCCUUUCUGCUGAAACAUGACAGAGACUCUAUCAGUCUGAUCCUUGAGUGAGGGCCACAUGGAGUAGAACACCAACCCAAUGGAUACAUAGCAUGACCAAGAAAUAAACUUCUAUUGAUUGAGGUCAUUAAAAUUUGGGGGUUGUUUGUUACUCAACAUGAAUUAUCCCAUCUGGCUGAUGUCUCCUAAUAUGAAUAAUGAUUAUAAGAUUUACCUCGAAGAGAAUUACCAACCCACAUUAGAGGAUUAAAAUGCAGUGGCUUGGGGCGCCUGGGUGGCUCAGUUGUUUAUGUGUCCAACUUUGGCUCAGGUUGUGAUACAGCUUGGAGCCUGGACCAUGCUUCGGAUUCUGUGUCUCCCUCUCUCUGCCCCUCCUCCGCUUGUGCUUUGUCUCUCUCCCUCUCAAAAAUAAACAUUAAAAAAAAUUAAAAUAAAAAAAGCAGUAGCUCUUAUUACUAUUACCCCCCCUUCUGCCAGCUGUCUGUAUCUACCAUUCUUAUCAGACAUUCCACUUACACACUCAUACAUGGCUCACUCUUGUCCAUUUCACUCCACCCCCAUAAUUCUCUUUCACUCUACCCAUAAUUGUCCUUCAUUGCCCUCUGCCCACCCCCCUACCCCCCCACCCCCGCUUACCAACUCCUUCUCUUAGUCUUCUGUGGAAUAUACCAGCUCCAAUUUGGUCAAACUCUCUAAACCUGUUUCUUGUCUUUUUUUCUCCAAAUGGGACAGAUUUUUUAAUUUAAUUUUUUAAAUUUUUUAAUUUAUUGAGUGAGAGAGAGAAAUCGUGAGCAGGGGAGGGGCAGAGAAGGGGGGAAAGAGAGAGAAUUCCAAGCAGGCUCUGAACUGUCAGCACAGAGCCGACAUGGCACUUGAACCCAUGAACUGUGAGAUCAUGACCUGAGCCAAAACCAAGAGUCAGACGCUUAAAACACUGAGCCAUCCAGGCACCCCUGGAAACAGAAUUUUAGAGUUAAAAGGGACUUCACUUCUCUAAGAAUCUGUAGAAACAGACAUUCAACCUCACUCUUCAGCCAUCAAACAUCCAUAAACACCUUACUAUCUGGAGUUCAUUGAUAGAAGUUACUUCUUCCCGAAGAGCUAGGUACUCUAGGUCACUGGGUACUCUGCCCCCCUCUUUUUUUUUUAGCUCUUAGCAUUCAUUUCCUAAGGGCACCAAAUUAUCUUUGGCCUCAAAGGAACCUGUAGUCAUUUAGCUGUUCUGAUUUCACCUCUCCCACACACAGUUUGGACAUUUACCUUACACUAUACAGUUAACUGUAGCCAUGCUUUCUAUCCCUGUACCUAUAUUUUCUUCUCUCUGGCCUUUCUAACCAUCCUCAUCCCUCCCUCAACAUUUUACUGAAACACCAGAUAGUUGCAGUCCCUGGGAAGUAUCACCAGCUGAUUUCUCUUCUCUUGCUUCUGGGCUAAAGGAAAACAAUGAACUGUAUAGACCCAUGACUGUGUGUUAUCUAAAACUGAAAUAAUUGACUUUUCUGGACAUUUGGCUUUAGUGCUCAUGCUUACUUCUCAGAAACCUCUCCUACCAUGGCCUCUGGUUCUCUUCCUGGCCACACUUUACCUCUCUUUUCAAAGGUUCACCUUUCUCUGUCCACUCAUCGUUUAGCUGGAAAUCCCCAGAGUUUUGUCCUCGGGACUCUUUGUUUUUGUCUACAUGUCUACAUGUCUCUAGAGGAGUCUCAUUUUUACCCUAUGGCUUCUAUGACCAUUUAAAUGUAGAUGAUUCUCAAAUGACUUUCACUAGCACUAACUUCUCUCUAGAGCUUUAGAAGUAGAUAUGCAAUGUCGUAUUAGACAUAUGGAGGUGGAUAUCGCAUGGACAUGUCCUUAAGUAAACACCUUUCCCCCUCUAACCACAAAAGUGUACUAUCCCUUCUGUCUUGGUCUGAGUUAAUGGCAUCACCAUUUACCUGUCUCCCAACUUAGAAACCUUGGUGUUAUUCUCACCUCCUUUCUCUCAACCCCCACAUGCAGUCAGCUGCCAAAUCUUGCUGCUUCUAAUUUUAAAACAUCAUUUGACUUUGUCUCUUCUAAACUCUAUGCUACUGACUUAAAAUAGGCCUUUGGCAUGUCUUCUUUGGACUUACUGCAACAGCCUGUCUGUAAUUUGUUUCCCUGAUCCCUGACAGUAUUUCUCCCCUCCCAUAUCCUCCAGCCUGCCAUUAUAGUUAUAGAAAACAAAGCUAACCAAGUCUUUUCUCUGUGUCAAAGCUUCUUCUGGCUCCAUAUGCCCACAGGGUAAAGUUCAAACUAGAUAGCCUGGCUGUAAAUUUCUUAACCUCCUGACUCCAUUCUACCUCUCCUCCUUGUUUCCUUUCCUGUCUUCAUGUUCUCUGUGCACAUCCUAUUCUCACUGCUUCCAGCACAAAACCAUGCUUUCAGAAGUCUAUGUUUAAACGCAUAUAUGUAUUACAUUUAUGUAAUAUAUGUAUACAUAUACACAUACAUAUAUGUAAGUAUAUUUAAAUACACGUAAUAUAUUUAUAUGUAAAUGUAUGAAUAUUUAUAUGUAAAUACAUGUGAUGUAUAUUACAUAUAGAAAAGAUAUGUAAUAUAUAUAUAUUUCAAGAUAUUUCUUUUCCUCCUCUUCAUCUGUAUUCACUUGAAAAAUUCCUA